AUGGGAGGUGAGGUGCACAUGGGAGCCCCUGUCAACCCUGUGGCCGCCCCUGCCACCCCUGUGGCCGCAUCUGCCACCACUGUGGCUGCACCUGCCACCCCUGUGGCCGCCCCUGCCACCCAUGUGGCCGCACCUGCCACCGCUAUGGCUGCCCCUGCCACCACUGUGGCCGCACCUUCCACCCCUGUGGCCGCACCUGCCAAUGCUGUGGCUGCCCCUGCCACCACUGUGGCCGUACUUGCUACCCCUGUGGCCGCACCUGUGGCCGUAACAGUUUACUCCUGUGGCCGCAACAUUUUACUCGUGUGGCCGCACCUGUUACUCUGUGGCCGCACCUGUAACUCCUAUGGCCGCCACAUGUUACCCCUAUGA